AUGGCCACCGUCCACCUCUUUGAGGGCCGUCGCUGGUUCGGGUGGUACAAUACCCCCGGCUCGUACGAAAUCGCGAAGCAGUACGGCCAGCUCGCGAAGGCGCGCCUCUGGGACGGCCUCUUCCCUGGGCCGAACCGCGACCCCGCACAGCUCUUUGGGCUCGACGGCAAGUCUGGCCCCCGCUUUCUCGCGGCACACUCGGGCUCCGUCAUCCAACGCAGCGGGCACCCCGCGUACCUCGUCGCGCGCAAGGCACAGAGCAUUCCCCCGGAGGAACGUACCCAUGUCCGUUGCACCCGCCGCUCGACCCUCGACUGUAACGUCACCACAGUAGACCUCCGUUAUGCGCCUCUACCCGAGGAGCAACCCCACCGCCGCAAGAGCAACCUCCCGCUGCUCGCGCUCGUUCCCAUUGUCACCAGUGUUGGCGCGUGCGUCCUCUGCGCGCUUGUCGCCGACUGGUGGUGCUUCGCGAGCAUUGCCUCCGGUAUCCUCGCUAGCGGCGUCGCAUGCUUCGUGAUAGGCUCCGGACAGCUCACUUUCACCCACCCCCAACCCGCUACGGGGGCGCCCCCCGGCGACGGCGUCCUGCUCGACGACGAGGGCAUCAUCGUGCUGCGCGGGUGCGAGGACGCAGUUAAUUCUGUGACGCGCGGGCGCUUCUGCCUCAAGUUCGCGAGCGAGCCCAAGUACAGCGGGAUCGGCGUGUGCUCCGUGGGGCUUACCGCGCAGUUCCUCGUACAACUGCUGCUCAUACCGCAGGGGACGCUGUUCGGCCAGGUCAUGUUCGUCGUCACGCUCGGCAUUUCCUGGAUGUACAAUGCGUACCUGUCGGCGCUCGAGAAGGAGGACAUCCAGACGGACAUCCUUGUGGACCUCCUCCGUUUGCAGGAGAACCAGGACGUCCAGAAGUUCGCGCUCGGCACACGUACGGCCCAGGUCGUGUUCACCGCGCUCCUGCUGCAGCCACGCGAGCCGCCGUACAGCCCAAGGAAGCUGCUAGAUGAACUCCUCCCCAACGACACGCCUGUAUGGGACCGAUGGAAGGAUGCAAUCGUGGAGAAGCUUCGUGCCGAGCAGAGCCUAACGUUCGGGGAUGCGGACUCGAAGGUGGAGGGAUUCACGCCCGAGGACCAGGAGCUCUUGGGCGGUCUCUUCAAGGACGCCGAGGAAGCAUACCACGGGUGGAAACGCGCGUGCUUCGAUCUAGACGCAGAUUCUGUGUGCAAGGAGAAGUGA